UCAUUUAUAUUUAUAUAGGUUAGAAUUUGUUAAACAACUUUAAUUUGAUUAAUUUUGAUUUUGAUAUCACUGAUUUAAAACUGUUUAAAAUGAAUUAUUAAAAUGUCUUUUUUGGACGAAUGCGUUAAACAUUUGUACAUCACUCUUACCGGAAUUGAACCUGCUACAAAUCAAACUCAUGUAAAAAUUCAUAGCAGGUAUUUUGAAAGACUUGGAGACCUUAGUUUUCCAUUAUUGUGGAAAAAUUGGUUGUCCGUUAUUAAGGAUAAACCAGCACAUGAUCAAGAAACCAUCCUGAACUAUAAGUUAAAGCAAACUGAGAACGACCAAGCUUUUAGUAAAAUUAUAGACAUUUUAAAGAAUUUAGUUAAAGUUGAGAAGAUUGAGAUUAUAGACAAUCAUGCCCACAUAUUUCUAGAUAGAUUUUUUGUGUAUAAAAGUAAUAUGAAAGAUCUGUUUAAUGAAAACAGACCACAUGGCAAAUACGAAUUAUUCAAUAAACAUAUUGAAUUAGAGAUCGAUGAAAAUAUAGAACAGAAUGAUAUAAACAACUUAAAUCUAAGUUUGUUACGACUGUACAUUUUGAAAUCUGUGACUGCAAACUUGUUAAAGCUUACUACAAGUGAAAAAGUAUCUGGCAAUGCUACUACCAUCUAUUUAAGUCUUAAUAGAAAAAAUAAAAAUCCACAUAUAACUUGUGGACCAGUUAUUAAUAAAAACGGUGUGAAAGAUAUGGAAUAUUUGGCUUCGGAUUUGUUCAAACGCAGAGCUAUUGAUAUGGAAAUGGUUGCACGACAUAGAUACAGGGUCAGUGCCAAUUAUAACUCAGAUGUUGUUAAAUACUUUUACAAAUUAGGUGUUUCUUCAGUUACUGUGGAACUUCUUUCGAAUAAACCACAUAAACCUAUAAAAGUGUCAUUAAAGUGUCUUAGUGAUGUAAAUAAAGGUCCUUCAUUUAUAUUUUACAAUUGUGCCAGAUUAGCAGUAUUACUUAAGGAAUUUGAUAAAAAUGUAGAAAAAGGUAUUUAUCCAAAAUUACCAGAGAUAGAGGAUGUUGAUUUUUCACUAUUAAAUCAACCAGAAGAAUGGGAAUUAUUUUAUGGAUACAUAUUACAAUUUCCCAAUGUUGUUAAGAAUUGUAUCAGAGAUAUAGAAAAAGAGUUUCUGAAUGUACAAAAUUUAAUAACAUAUUUGUGCAACAUGUGUUCAGUUUAUAGUGUCUAUUAUAGGAGAAUAAGAAUUUUAACAAACCCAAGGGAGCAUCUUUUUAGUGUUCUCCAUUCAAGAAUUUAUCUAUUAAAAAGCCUUCAAUAUGUCUUUCAUAAAGCAUUAGAAAUACUUAAUAUUGAUCCUAUUGAAGAAAUGUAGAUAGAUGUAUUGUGUGGUUGUUAAAAAAUAUAUUUUCUA